AUGAUGUAACUUGGUCUCUCCUCCUACCGCGCAGGCUCACUAGAGAGGCGCCUUGGUCCGGUUGUACCGGAAGUUGCCGCUGGCGAAGAGGGCCGGCUUCUUGCCUUGCCUGGCAAAGAGUGAGAGGGGGUCGCGCUAGCAGAACUACUCAUACGCCCCCUCUAGCCAGGCUAGACUUCGGAUUCUUCCCCUUCACCAUCCUGGAAGAUGCUGCCUUUGUCCAUCAAGGACGAUGAGUACAAGCCGCCCAAGUUUAAUCUGCUCCGCAAGGUCUCGGGGUGGUUCAGGUCGAUUCUGUCGGACAAGACGUCACGAAAUCUCUUCUUUUUCCUCUGCCUCAACCUUUCCUUCGCUUUCGUGGAGCUGCUGUAUGGCAUCUGGAGCAACAGUUUAGGUCUAAUAUCAGAUUCGUUUCACAUGUUUUUUGACUGUACUGCUCUGUUAGCUGGACUGGCAGCGUCAGUCAUUUCAAAGUGGAGAUCAAAUGAUGCCUUUUCUUAUGGGUAUGCUCGAGCAGAAGUACUAGCUGGUUUUGUAAAUGGUCUGUUUCUGAUCUUCACAGCUUUCUUCGUUUUUUCUGAAGGUGUUGAGAGAGCGCUCGAGCCUCCUGAUGUGCAUCAUGAAAGACUUCUCCCUGUUUCUAUACUUGGCUUUCUUGUAAACCUGGUAGGAAUUUUUGUGUUUCAACAUGGUGGACAUGGCCAUUCCCAUGGUUCUGGACAUGAGCAUAGCCAUUCACUGUUUAAUGGGGCUUUAAGCCAUGGGCAUAGUCAUGGAGGCCAUGGGCACAGUCACGAUUCCAAGCAUGGCCAUGGCCAUUCUCAUGACCACAGUCAUGGACAUGGAGACUCACAUAGUCAAGAUUACUGUCAUGAUGACCACCCAGUUGAACUGGCUUCAGGAUCCAGCAAACAGAUUUUAGAAGGGGUAUUUUUACACAUUGUUGCUGAUACACUUGGAAGCAUUGGUGUAAUCAUAUCUGCAUUACUGAUGCAGAACUAUGGUUUAAUGAUAGCUGACCCUGUCUGUUCAAUGCUGAUAGCUCUGCUUAUAGGAGUGAGCGUUGUUCCACUUCUGAGAGAGUCCAUUGGAAUUUUGAUGCAACGAACUCCUCCUUCACUCGAAAGUGCUCUGCCCCAGUGCUAUCAAAGAGUUCAGCAGUUGCAAGGAGUUUACAGUUUACAUGAUCCUCAUUUCUGGACCCUUUGUACUGAUGUUUACAUAGGGACUUUGAAACUAUUUGUAGCUCCUGAUGCUGAUGCAAAGUGGAUCCUAAGCCAAACUCACAACAUUUUUACUCAGGUUGGAGUGAGACAGUUAUAUAUACAGAUUGAGUUUGCCGCUAUGUAGCAAAUAUCUCAAACUUGUCUGUGGACCAAAGAUUUCUAGUACUGUCAUGACAUUGUACUUCCUUUGGAACAGAGACCCACUCCCUUCUCUACAGUAGUCCAAAACUGAAUAGACUCUGCUGCCUGGUGGCUUGAUAAAGAGAGAAAAAUGAAGACCACAUGGUCCUGGACUACUUGGGAUUGACUUUCACGAACUCCAAACCUUUGUGGUUUACUUGCCAAGUUUGCUCCUGCAGCAAACUUAAUAAUAAUGUGGUAUUGCAAUCAUUGGUUUUGCUUUUUGUGAAGCUGCUGAAGUUACUGCUCAUUCCCAUAAAGCCAAUGUUAACUACGGGGAGGGCGGAUAAUUUUUUUUUGUCCGUAAUGUCACAGUGGAUGACAUUUUACAACAUAACUGUAUGUAAGACUGUUUGUACUUUGCAAACUUAAUGAACCAAACCAUAUUGGGUUUUCAGAGUGCCUUUCUAUCAGAGUAUCUGCCAGCACAGAUAUGAAACAUCGGGGACUUUUAUUAAUUUUAUGGCCACUACUUGUACCCAAUAGGAUAUUGUGAUUUGUGUGUAAUUGCAUAAUAGUAAAUGUUGGAUUCCCUCUUACUGUUACAAUUUUAAAACUUCCAUGGAGGUGAUUCUUCAAUUUUCAAUACAAAGAUGACAUGAUUACACAAAGUUUGUUUACAAAAUGUUUGCCUACCUAAGUAAAUUUACACUGAUAGUAUUUCAGCAGUCUAACAGUAAUUAGAAAAUACUGUGUCUGGCUCUUUUGCUAAAAAAGGAAAAUCUGCAGAAAUAUGAUGCCCCCACUUGAUGUCAUCUUUCAUAGGCAGAAUUGUCACAAACUUUGCAGUAAAGAUAGGUAGGUACUGAUUUUUAAUGAAGCACUCAAAACACAAAAUGUGUUUCUCUUCUUUUGUUGAAUGAUUCUGGAGGCUUUAUGACUGGUAGAUUUACUUUAACUGGGGAAUGAAGAUUUUUUAUAUGGUAGCCAACAGAUGGUCUGAACUUUUGCUCAUAUUCCAUAUUCAGAAUUAAUAUUCACAGGCUCUUCAGUCUUAAGUUCUUAUGAAUAUCAAGCAAGAAUAUUUCUCUAGAAAUUCCACUAGUUCAACCAGUAUCUGCAAUAAAGGGCAUACGUUUUGUACAUGUUAUCAUGAAAUAUAAUUUGGUUUUGUUAAAUUUGACUUCAUAUUUUGAAGGGGUUUUUUUGCAUUAGAUUUCAAAAUGAAUUUUUCAGCACUUAAUACCUUAAGAAGGCAAGUCUUCUAGUAAACUGUAUAGUUGAGCUAACAUUGGUUCAAAGCCAUCAUCUUUCAUUUUCUGUCUUAAUUAUGGCUUUUUUUUAAACUUCACAGGAGCACCUUGGACACAGUAUAUUUUCACGGGUUUAUCCUGCAAAGCUAGUGUAAUGUCUAAAGGCCUAACAGGCACUUCCUGACAGAAUAACAAAGAUUCCACAAAUGCAUCUCUGUUUCUAAUCUGGAAGCUGAAAUUGAUCAGAACUGGAAUGUGUGGUGGGAAGCAGGUCCCUUCUUACUAAUCAGCAAAACUGAUCACCCAUCUCUUAAAGGAAUGGCUCCCUCCCCCCCCAUACGCAUGAACAAUUGUGUGUCAAGACAAGUUUGCUUAGAGAAAUAAAGGUUGCUGCUAACAGAUGGUUAGACAAUUUUGUGAAAUAUACAAUUGGCUUAGCUUUUUCUAGAGGGAGAUUUAUUCAUUGCUUUUUAAUGAAGUUGUAUUAGGCAUCAGAAACACCCAAGAUGGAAUUGUAUUAUUACAUUAUAGAGUUUCUCUUUAAAAAGCCUGUGGUGUGGAACUUCUGUUUUUAUAGGAAUAAGCUCCCCUGUAAAUUUAUUUUUAACUCUGUUUCUGUUAUGUAAUCUAUUACCUGUUGUUUUAAUUUCUACUCUGUGCUUUUUUUGCUUACUGAUGAUUUAGAAAUGCAAGUGUCUGACACGAUCUUUAAUUCAAGGCCUAAAGAUAAAUCGUGGCCCAUUACAUUUACACAGUAAUAGCUAGACUGCAUGCCUUUCCCUAAACACACAAAUGCUGCUUUCUGUGUUGUGAUUUUCCACAUGGUGAUUCCAAUAUUGUGAGAAGUGCAGUCUGAGUAAUUGCCCAGGUGGUGCAUACACUGUGGAAAAUGCUUAAGCCGUUUUUUUACACAUUAUAGUAAACUCAUUUUUUCUACAGAAAUACUAUUUACCUCUGUGUUGAUUAAUGUGAAGUGCCAUUGAGUUUGAAUACAUUUCAGCAAAAUGGUUUUUAUAUAGUUAUAGCCGCUACUUAAAGGUAAGAAAGAAUUGGACCCUUUUCAUGUGUACUGUCCAUGUGCCAGAAUUUUGCUUAUGUUAUGAGAUGAAGGUUUCUGUGUCUCUUGCUUGGCACAGGCUAAAUAACUGGGUGUUGCUGAACACGAGGGACUGGAAAUUGCUUAACUUUUUUAGCGGUGUUAAUUUGCUUAAGGUCUUUACCCAAGGAAGCAAUCCUCUUUAUUGACUUCUGACUUCUCUCAGCCAAAUGACAAAUACUAAGCCUUGCUAAAUCAUACUUUGCCAAACAUGGGGCUUUGAAAUUUGCUUUUAUCUAACUUUGGCGGCAUAAGUUAAAUUAAUGCAUUGCUUUUACACAACCUUAGAUUCUAGAGCAGUGGGGAGCUUACUCAAUAAACAAAUGAGCAUGCUUGUCCUUUAAUUAUAAUGUAAGGUCUUCAAUUAGGGGAAGAGGUUUAUUAUAGUGGGAGCUUAUUGUCAGCCAAGCCCUUAGCUGUAUGAUAUGAAGAAAAAGCGUCCUUUAUACUUUAAGUUCAGAUGUUGGUGCACUAAUUUUUUUAGUAAUGUUAUAUUUUACAGUAUACACCAAUGCAUAGAAUAGAUGUUGCUACAGAUGGUAGCAAUAGCCUCAGUAGUGUUCACACUCCUGAAUCUUUUAUGGUAUAAGGUCACUUCUAAAAAUGAAAGCUUCUGAUCACAUUAAAUACUGGAAGUGUUGAUUAGAAAAUGUAAUAGAUUGGUUUAAUUGUGUGGUCUAGGCUUUAGAAUACGUGAAAUGGUUAACACUGAAGAAUGGAUGCUUACUGCACUUUACCGUGUGAAUGAUAUGGAACAGAUGUGAGGAAACGGAGAUCGGCAGUUAAGCUGCUAUUAGUUGGUUAUCCCAGAACUGGGAUGUGGUGCAAAUAAAAUUAACAAUUACGUUUUUGAAGAAAAAAUGUAGUGCUAUUUCUUUCAAAUAUGGCUGAUCUGAUUUGGAUGAAACCAGGUUCAGAUAAAGUUCUUUACCUUGGCUAACCUUGUAAUGCAUUUUCUAAAUUGCUUUUGGUUGAAUUUUUGCUGCAAAAAGUGUAGAAUGUAAUAAUCCUACAAAGUUCCCCCCCCCCUUCUAACUGCUGUUUCCUACCCUGAUCAGAUCUUCAGUCUUCUAACAAUUCUAUUUUACCCUAUAAGAGCGGUGUCCUAUAAUGCUGGCAUGGAACCUCAUGAAAGUGCACAGAGCACACGGCAGCUCUCCGGCAGUCAAAAAUUCAACUGUGGAUGGGGAAUAUUUUACCUAUUUUCACUGUCUAUUAUCAGAAUAGAUUUUUAUUUUGGUCUGGGAUCAAUUCUCUGUGUAAAAUCUUUUUAACAGAAGCAGUGUUUGCAUAUUUCAUAUCCCAGAGGUGUGUCAUGAAGGACCGAUGGGCACAGUGAUUUUAUUGCCAAAAUUUUAAACUCAUAGCUUUAGAUUGGAUUGGCUUCCCUCUGAAACCCUGGGAAAAUACUGCUGAAACCUCAUUUCCUAACUUGCACAUAAAGCAGAACUGUGCUAUCAAUCAGCCUAUUCUAUUUCUAGAUGCAUGAUGUAUCAGUGCAGUUUAAGGACUUCAAUGUUUUAGUAAAUUCUAAUAUGUGACUACAGAUAAUUGUGUAUACUGUAAUUGGUCUUGGAAUACAAAAGUUAGUAGCCAGUCUGACUUGCCCUAAGUGCAAUAUUGGACAUUUUAAUUCAUCUUUUUUCUACUUGAAUACAGUCUCUAUUAAAUAUUUAAACAGCUAAUAUGUUUGAGACAAUAUUUGGGAUCAAUUUUCUUAUCAAUAAAUUUUUCUUUUUCCAA